AUGGAGGCGAAAAAACUUUCAGAUUUUUUAGUAAAAGGAUUUAAUGAAAGCAAUAAAAUAGAACUGACAUUUAGAGACAUUGAGGCUAUUGAUAAAAUCGAUUCAAAAUUUCAUACAGUUUCUCAGCUUGAUUUAUCAUAUAAUCAAUUAAUUACUUUAGAAGGAAUAGAUCAAUUUAUAUGUCUAACCCAUCUAAAUCUUGCGAAUAAUCUGAUUGAAAACUUUGAAGAGCUUGAAAAAAUUUCUAAAAGAGAUAAACUUAUGGUCCUCAGCAUUAAAGGAAACCCUCUUGCAAGACACCCAAAUAUCAUUCCUUUAAUUAUCCAAAAUUUUCCCAGAAUUUGUGAAAUUGAUGGUGAGACUAUAAAUGAGGCUACAAAAAGAGAUAUAAAAGACGCUGAAGAAAUUUCUAGGCAGCUGAUUCCUUAUUUUUAUAAGAAAUAAAAUGGUGACGUUGACGGAAAAUUGUCUCCGAGGCGCACUCCCUAUGGAAAGGUCAGACCCAUCCUGAUGAAACUGAAAACAGAGCCUCUGUCUCUUUUGAAAUAUGCCUUCAGGUUUGGGGAAAAAGAGGAAUUUUGUUUCUCCCCUGAAAGCUUUCCUGGACUAGACAGAUUUUGCCUCUCACAUAGUCUUCAUCUAUCGGGACUAUCAGGUAUCUGAAAGAGGGUGACUCUAACCUCGGGAGUUGAUCUUGGGUUAGGUGAGUUUCACAAGAAAAUUCAAGAGGUGGAAUUUGGCUGGGCCUUAUACCGCUUGCAUUGCGGUGUAUAUGAACCAGCAUAGGUCACCUUUCCUGAAGUCAAGGUAGUCAGCUACUGUGGUCCUCUUAUGGCAUAUAAAACUUUUAUCUAACUAAUUUAUUUUUAUGAAAAUGAACAAAUAAUGAUAAAAUUGCAUCAAAAUCUAAGCUUUUUAAAUCUCAAGCUCGAAUUAAUAGAAUUUUGUGCUGAAAGGUUACCUCCAGACAUACUGCCAUCUAGUGAAGAAAUAAUGGGCUUUCAUCAUAGAGAAGUCAAUAAAUACCCAGAAAUGCCUGAACUAGGGAACAUAGAUUAUGAAAAGAAAAUAAGACCGUAUAUGCUGCUUGAGUUUAUGAGAAACAUAAGAGAAAAUUUCGAUGAAAUGACACAGGAAUACGAAGAAGAAAUUGUAUGUAAAAUUUAUCGAUGAAUUUAUUGUGAAAUUAUCCUUCAUCUUCACAAUCGUGGAUCUCCUGAUUUGCAGUGUUUUUUGCAAAGAUAUGAGCACGAAGGCUCAAUAGAUGCAAUUACUUCUGAUUUAUUCUUUUUCUCACAGUUGAGCUAUUGCCCAGGGUCAUUGAUGCAUUUCCCAGUAUUUGGGUGCAAUAAUGAAUAUUUAAGAGCUUUAUAUUCAGUUCUUCACAAGCAAGCAAUUGCGCUUAAAGCUCUAAUUAUUGAUAGAACUCAACUGUUGUUAUACGAUACAAGAGAAAUUUUACCUUCAGAAGUUGCUUUAAAAUCAAAUUCUGUAGCUAUUCAGCCUUCAUUUAUAUAUGAAGAAUCAGCAGACAGUAUCCUAUCUCCGCCUAAUAAAUUAUCAUACCCUGAAAAUCCUCACCAUUUUGAAAAAGACUAUUCAAGCCCUUCAUUUCCUCAGAAUUUUGCAUCGCCUGCAGACAAACUCCAGCUUCAAACAGCUGAUUUAGAAUCAAUAAAAUCAGAUUAUUUAUCACCGAAGUUUCCUCAUGAAAAUAUAUUAAAAGAUAGGCUUGGAAUCCCUAAUUCAAAUAAGUUUAUUGAAGAGGAAUUAGAGCACAAAGAUAUUGUUUCUAGGCUGGAAUUUGACGGAGAAAUGAGUGAUAUGAAUUUUUCUAUGUCAAGAGAAGAACUUAGCCAGACCAUUGAAGAUUUGCUUAAUGACGAUGAUGACCCUGCUGUGCAAUUUUAUAAUGAUAGAAGAAAAUGCGUGGUAUUUUCGAGUUGGAAAGAUAUAUUUUAUAAAAGACUGAGGAAAGAAGAAAGGGCUGAGUCGAAAUAUAAGCUAAAAUUGGCAGAAAAAGCGUUUUUGAUAUUAAAAAACUUGAAAAAUGCAAAAAUUGCUGCUUUGGAGCAGCUUGAAGAAAACUCGGUUUUAAAGUAUAGUAGAAAUUUAAUGAAAAAUAUAAUUUCUAUGUGAAGAGCACAUAGUUUGGCGAUGAAUACACAUAGGGUGCAGGUUGCUAAUUUUUAUAAAGCAAUUAAAUUAAAUUAAACAGUCAAUCUGGCCUUAAGCAGGCAGCCCGCUAGCCUUUGCCUCGUCUCGGCUUCAAAAGAGCAACCAUAGACUUCGGAGUUCAAAUGAGGAAAUGGAAGGCAACUAUCUUGAAUUCCAACCUGAGCCACUUUUCCAGGGGAUUAGCUCCCUUGGGCAGAGCUACCAUCUGAAGAAUCCCUGCUGAUCCCGAAAAGGAAGGACCACGUGGCAGGCAAAACCUGUCUAGAGCAUUUGGCAGAGAGAGGAAAACCUUCUGGGGUAAAACAAAAUUUUCCUCUUCGGCAAAGCAUCCCAAUUCUGAAGGGCUACUCCAAAAAGGUAAUGAGACCCUAUUUUCAGUUACAUCAGGGAUGUUCCUACCUGCUACAAUUGAGUGCGCCUUGGAGACUAAUUUCAUCAACUUCACCAUUUUAUUUCUUUUUUAUAAAACUAGGAAUUUGAAACUUAAAGCUCUUAAAGGGUUUACUCUAUAUAAUAUGCAAAAACAGGAGAUGUUUAAGAAAUCUGAAAACUUUUUAAAGGACUCUUUAAAAAGAAAAACACUAUUUGCAUUAAAAAACAUGCUUUUUUAAAUAAGCUCACAUAAUUAAAGAAAUAAAAAAAAAUAUUUUAAAUUUAAUUUAAAAUCGUAUAAAAGCAAUGCGCAAGUAAAAUUAAGAGAAAAUAUUCGAAUUAUGCGGUUGAAAAAAAUGAAAGGGUUAAUUAAAAAAUUAUUAAAAGGCUGGCUUCAUUUGGUAAGACCGAGUGCAAAAUAUGUGAAACGGGAAGUAUCGAUGAGAUGUGAAUCUGAUGUUGACAAACUUAUAAACAAAAUCAAUAAAACUGCAAAAGCAUUUUCAAAGGACUUUAAACUUUUGAAUAAAAAAUCAAAACUUGUUAACUAA